AUGGCAGAUGCCUUGGUCGAAGGCGGGUUUGCCCAGGCUGGAUAUACACAAGUGUCGAUUGAUGACUGUUGGUCCAACGGUCGUGAUCCAAACACUCGACGUCUCCGUGCCGAUCCAGAUCGUUUCCCUCACGGUAUUCCAUACCUAGUGCAGUACAUGGAGCAAAGAAACCUGACUCUGGGUAUUUAUGCAGAUAGUGGUCGCAAGACUUGUGCCAAUUUCGAGGGGACCUAUGGAUACGAAGAGCUUGAUGCAGAGACAUUUAUUCAGUGGGGAGUAUCCUACGUCAAGAUGGAUGCGUGCAACAUGCCAGAUCCAACUUUUCGAACAAGAAUGUACACCCGCUUUGGAGAUGCUCUCCAACAGGCCCAGAGAAAAACUGGAAUUGGUUUGAUCUACAGUUGCAGUUGGGCUGUUUAUUUUGGAAAGAACGAAUCCACUCGGCCGCUGACCGGACUGUACCAUGAGGCUGGCUGCAACACUUGGCGUAAUUUUCACGACAUUGGCAAUUCCUGGAAAUCACUCUACAGUAUCAUUAUGCAUUGGGCAGACUACUGGAGCGAUCUACAAAAGAAGCCAAGCGGUACUUUCAACGAUGCGGACAUGUUGCUGGUCGGGGACAUGAGCAAUGACCAUGGUGGGCUGUCCGUCGAACAAGCCAGGUUGCAAUUCGGGUUCUGGGCCAUGAUAGCAAGCCCUCUGUUCAUUGGAGCUGAUGUUCGGUCCAUGUCCCCUGUAUACCGCGACAUUUUGCUGAAUCAGCGCGUCAUUGCCAUCAAUCAAGAUGUCAGUGGCCGGCAGGCCGAUUGUGUUCUCGGAUGCAGCGGGGCUCCGGCUGAAAGUAACACAGGCAAAAUGGCAGCGAGUACCAACCUGCAAGUGUGGUUCAAAUCAGUCACAACAACCACUACUACAUCGAAUAAGGCCAGUAUGGCAAUUGCCUUCUUCAACCUCAACAAUGGCUCGACCCCGAAUAAUCAGUCUGCAACACUCAACAUUACGUAUCAAUUCAGUGCGCGCAGGAGCCAAAUUGGGGAGUGCUUUGACUUGUGGAGUGCUUCCACAGUAGACUUGUGCAACCAAGGGAGAGGGGGUUCGUCGGAAUACUGGGAGAUUCGAGUUGUCCGCGUUGACGACGAUACUGAUUUCGAUGGCAACACAAAAGAUGAUCCAAUGGUUCACGUGUCAGUGGCAGCCUUGAAUAUGCCGCCAACAUGUCACAGGCUGCUCCGCAUCGACUCUCAUUCUGAUGAUCAAAUUCAACCUCUGCUAUUCUCAUAG